UGGCAGCGGCGGCUGGUGGGCGCGCGGCUAUAAGUAAGAGGUGCGCGCACGGCGGCGAGGUUAGUCGCCGUACGGCAGCGCGUCGGUGUCACCCCACCCCCCCUCCGCCAGCAGCCCGAGCGAACCGGGCAGGCGCGCGCGCCGCACGCAAUUCAAGUACCGCCACCACGCGCCACCAGCAGCCGAGAUGAUCGCCAGGACAGCACUAUGUAUAUUAGCGUGUACGCUCCAUUUGGCGCACGCCGAUGUCGAGCUCAUCACUAAACCGAGGCCAGGAGAAGAAUACGUUAUUGUUAGUUCAGGGCAACAGACACCUUUAAAAGCUGUCACUGGAAAAUCUGAAAGUAAAAUACCCUUAAAAUACAGGCAAAAGCCUGUUCUCACUACAGUUGCCCCUGAUACCAAAAAGCCUUUUGACUACAUUCCUAUUAAUUUUGAUACCAUUGAUGAUAUAAAUAGCGGUUUACUGCCCUCCAACGUGAAUUUAGAAACUGCUGGCACUGAGCAAAAGCAACAUUCACGAAUUCAAAUAAAGAAGGGGCCUAAUGGCCAAGAUUAUGAAUAUGAGUACAUUUAUUAUUACUACGAUGAAGAUGAGGAAAGUAAGAAGGAAGGAAAAGAUGUAGAAAAGGUUGCACCUACUACUGAAGAGACUGUGUACAAUUCUCAUGAUGGACCUCUUAAGACUGAUACCGACAAUCACAUAGCAAAUGAAAGUAAAACCAAAAACAAGUAUAGCACGAUCGAUAGGUCCGCAACGGCAACGACGGCUACACCAGAACAGAACGAGGUUCUUCCUGCACAGAGUCGAGGCCGCGGACGAGGCCGCAAUAUUCCACCACCUCCUGUUGAAGAAGAAGUUGAAGAAGACACUAGUGUCAGACUACCUUCAAGCACCCGGUUCCCUCCUCGAGGGCGCAACUUGGCAUCAACUAGUACUACGACUUAUGUGCCAGAAGUAUCUUCAGAAUCAGUGAGGCAACGUGGACGUCAAUCUGACAGCGUAGCGGAUGAAUCCAUUGGUCAGACUAGAAGCAGGACUCGUGCGCACAUCAGGCGUCCAAGUUCAGAAUUGGUAGACCUUGACAGUUUCAAAACACAUUCUGGUGAUAUUCCAUCUCAAUACAAAGAGCCGCCAAGUAGGUAUUCCUCGGAAGCCAAAACGACAACUGAAGAAGUUCCGGAAGAAGAAGUAGAAGAAGAAGAAACUACUGAAAAGGAGCCAGAAUAUGAAAAAGAAUCUGCUAGAGAAGGUCACAGCUUAGCCAGCGGUAUCAAAUUCCAAGAAAUAGAGGACGACUCUAAACUUCCCUCUGAUUACAAGCUAACUACUACGUACGAACAAGACACCACAGAAUAUACAACAAUGACAGCUAUGGAAAAAGUCGCUCUUGACCUGUACGCAUAUCUCGCGGGCGAAAAUCUCAAUAAUGAAAUUAAUCCAACAAGCAACGACUUGAUCAGCUUCGAUGGCACCACAACAGUUGACGAUGACUCGUGGACAACAGAGCCUUUAAGCACAACAGAAGAGUUGACUACUCCGACGACGACUACCACCACUACUACAACCACAACCACCACGACGACUACAACAACACCGGCACCGACUACAACUACUACAACUACGGCGGCGCCCUCUACUCGCCCGUCCAGAUUCAAGGGACGUCCUGGUGCCAGAGCGCGCGUGUCUUCCACCUCUGCCGCCACUGAAGCACCACAAGAGACCUCAACCAGAGCUCGAGGUCGGUUCAACAAGCCGAAUGGAGGCCGCAAGACCACCGCUGCCGCCGCUGCCGCCUCCUCCGCCUCGGAGUCCGCCACCGCCGCUCCAGCUGCCGCCGACAAACCCACCACCAAGGGCUUCGGUCGUCGCGGAUUGUUUGCGGGCCGCACCAGACCCAGCUCCACGUCAGCUGCGCCCGCGCAAGAGGAAGGCAGCUCAGCUACUAGUGAAACUCCCGCACCCAGGGCUCGCCUUCGUCCUGGUUUGAGAAGAGCGCCUUCCUCUUCCACGACAGCCGCGUCCAGUGCCGCAGCCCCUGCUGAAGAGACCACUGCGCCAAGCGCCGCUGCGUCUGGAGAAGUAGCUGACACUACCCCCACACCUUCCAGGACUCUUGGCCGUGGACGACCAGGCUUGCGCCCCGCUUCUCUACGACCUGGUCCGAGGUUGAACCUGCGCCCCAGCCCUCGUCUGAGGCCAGGUGCUGCCCCGGCCGCCCCCGCAGAGACAGCCUCUGAAGCCCCAGCGGAAACUUCUGCGCCUGAAUCGCCCGUUACUGAAGCUGAUGCCGAGAAUUCGUCUCCAACCCCUGCUCCCGAGCAACCUCGUGGUGGGAUCAAGCUGCGCAACCGUUUGCAGGUGUCUCCUUCCCCGAAGCCAAGGGCGACAGCCGCACCACCCGCGCGAAGACCCAACCCUCUUCUCAAGAGGAAGCUCGCUUCUCCCGCUACUGAGGCGACCACAGAACCACCCAAGAAGUCAACGGAGACGACGGAGGACAGCACCAGUGUUGAGAAAAGCGAGACGGAGACGGAGCCUGCUCCCGCGGAGACUACCCCCGCGCCCCCCCUCCGCGGGCUGGACGCGCUCAUUGCCAGAAGACGCGCAGCCGGCGGCAUCGGCGGCCGGCCCGCCAGGCCCGCACGGGGAGCGUUCUACCAUCCCAAAUAACACUUCCACCUUCCAUUUGAUGUAUAGAAUGACAUGCUGAACACUAACUUACAUUGGUUACCGCCAAUAAUUUGUACUGCACCACGUAGAUAUGUCGCGUGAAGACUCGAAACUCAUUUUUUUAUUUCGUUUGAAACACUCUCACUUAUUCCCCCAUUAUUGCAACACCACCCGAGUACCGAAUUUGUGGCAUAUCUGUGGUGUUUUAGAAUAUCAUUGGUUAUCACAAAAUCUCCAUUGGUGACUUACAAAUAAAAGUUACUUUAAUUUUUUGCAGGGUCUUUGUUGCAUAGAUAAUCUUGAUUUAUUUAUAUAUGACGAGAUGUUUUACCAUUCUAUUAAAUUCAGCACUGUCAUUAAUCUUAGUCAAUUUACUCCCCAAACUAUUUAGAUGCUAGUUCACAUAACUACCUUCUCACAUAUUUUCGGUUGUAGUUAUAUAAUUAAGUAAUAUUAGGUUUCUAAUAUUUUUCUCUCAAAUAUAGGACCGUAUGGAUGCAUACUUAACUAGAAUACUAUAAAAAUAGAUACGUGUUAUGUACAUAGUAGUAAAUAUUGUUACGAAAUAAGACAGGAGUUUUGAUAUAAAAAACACUGACGUAAUUAAUGAAGCGAAAAUUUUUAAACUAUUACUCAACAGAAACCAAAUCAUAAAGUAUAUUUAAAUUUUGUUUGAAUAUUCAAGACUACGUAAUGAGUAAGUAAAACUAAUAAAUUAUGUAAACUCAACGAGAAUUAAACGCCUUAGUUGUACGUUAACCUACAUACAUAUACCUAAAAUUUACCAAAACUAAUGCUAUAGACGUAAAGAUUUUUUAUGACUUGCAUAAAACUUCGCAGUUACGUCCAAAACAAUUGGUUUAUCAUUUUGCAGAUACUCUCUGAUAUGUAGUUGUCAAACGAAAUUAUACUCAUUUUAUGUUUAUUUAUUAUGUUAAGUGAAAAUAUUUAGGAGCCAAGAAGUAAUGUAGCAAGACUCAAACCAUUGUUGAUCCGUUUCGCUUAUCUAUUGUUUUGGUCUAACCGCUAACUAUUAAGUUUGCGUUCACUGUAUGUAUUUGAGUUGUAUGACCUGUACCAUCAACGAUCAUUGAUAUAAAUUUCGUCUGCAGAAGCACUGAAUGCUAGUGCCAUCGUGAUAUGUUUUGUAUCUUUCGUAAGUGUGAUAAUAAAAUUAAUAAUAAGAUGAUAAAGUUUAGUA